UAAGCGAGUUUGAGUGUGACAGACGCAAGCAGGCAAAACCGCUAGAUUUUGGGAAUUACACAGGAGCCGAAUAGGACCAGCUCACUUCUUGUCCGAACUUUUUUUUUUACUCCUGUUUGAAAGUUUUCAAAAGUUUCUCCUUAGAGAGAUCAACGUAGACGUCGGGAUCCGGGAGAAGAGGGGAGGAAAGUUUUUAAGAGCAGCGAUACAACUGAGAAAAAUGUUUGGGAUUACACUUUUUUCCUUCUUCAUAUAAAUGUCAGUGUGUGGCUUUUGACUGCUCUGCCGUGACUUUCAUCAACCUCAAGACUGACUUUUACAGCGGGAGAUAUUCUAACGACUCUCCAAAGUAUCCUAAAAGUGUCGUAAACCUCUCAAGACAAUUAAGCCGACUAACAACUUUUUAAGACAAACUCUUGCGUCUGUGUGUAGGUGUUGAGGACGUUUGGAUGGACUCACUCUCCUUUUAUUUGGACCAGAGGGAGCUGUGCGCCCGGGCUGCCAUGAUAUAACGGGACACUGUUGGAAAAUCACUAUUGCUAAAAGACCGGAUGGUGAGAGUUUACUGCCAAGCGAAGGAUUUCCAAGUUAACCAUUCAUUCAAGACCUAAAAAAGAUACUCGUCCAACUUCCUCUUACACACCUCACACCCUCCACUGAAAGCUUCAUGGUGGAGUUAUGGGAUGACUGGAGGCGGGGGUGCAGCUGAGGUGAGCUCCAGCCGAAGGACAAUGUUUGCGCCCGGCGUUGGCAUCCCUCCGCUGCCGGGGCGGCUGGUACUGAUGCUGCUCCUGCUGUGCGCCUCCGAGCCCAGGCUCUCCAGGGCCUGUACCGGGUUGCUCGCCUCCACCAGCGGCUGCAGCUGCACGGAGGAGCGGGGGAAAACGCACAGUGUCCCGGGCCAGGCUGUGGGGAGGAGGGUCGGCUGCACCAAGGGGGAGCUGAGUGAACCACCGGAUGGCAGCCUGCUACCCAACAGGACCGUCACCCUGAUACUGAGCCACAACAAAAUCAGAGUCCUGAAAAAUGGAUCCUUCAGUGGACUUUUCGCUUUGGAAAAAAUGGACCUCAAGCACAACUUAAUCAGCACCAUCAUGCCCGGGGCCUUCCAGGGCCUGUCUGAGCUUCGGAAACUCGACCUCUCCAACAACCGCAUUGGCUGUCUGUCUGCGGACAUGUUCCAAGGGUUGACCAAUCUUACCAAAUUGAAUCUUUCUGGCAACAUCAUAUCCACGCUGGAUCCAGCAGUGUUUCAGGAGCUGCCGUCUCUCAAGUUAGUGAACUUCAACUCAGACUACCUGUCAUGUGACUGCGGCCUUCGUUGGGUACCAGGCUUCUUUCGCAGCAGCUCAGCCCGGUUGGGGGAUGAAACCCUGUGUGCCUACCCGAGGAGCCUGAGGGGAAAACCCCUUCGUGGACUGAGGGAGAGCCAGCUGAACUGUGAUGGUCCACUCGAGCUGCACACGCUGUCCCUGCUGCCAUCUCAGCGUCAGGUGGUCUUUAAAGGUGACCGGCUGCCCUUUCAUUGCACUGCCGCCUUGGUGGACAAGAUCACCACCUUACACUGGCGUCACAAUGGUCAUCUGGUGACCUCUGACCCCGAGAUGGGUGUCCAGCUAGAGAAUAAUGUGCUGCAUGACUGCACCUUCAUCACCAGUGAGCUUAUUCUAUAUAACGUGCGUGCGGAGGCCAGAGGAGAGUGGGAGUGUGUGGUUUCCACCGGGCGGGGCAACACGUCUCGUAGUGUUGAAAUAUUGGUGCUGGAGAACAGUGCCUCCUUCUGUCCAGAGGAUAAAGUUGUCAACAACCGUGGGGAGUUCAGGUGGCCGAGGACUCUGGCAGGCAUCACCUCUUAUCAGUACUGCCUGCAGAUGCGAUACCCUUCCAUGUCUAUGGAGGGAGGUAUUGAGCAAAAAAAAGCCUCCAGAUACUGUGAUGAUAAUGGAAAGUGGAGGGAUGCAAACUAUACAGAGUGUCACUACACCAAUGGCAUCACUCGGGUCCUUCACACCUUCAUCCUGCGGCCCAUCAAUGUGUCCAAUGCUGUCACUCUGGCACAUCAGGUGCGCACAUACACACUAGAGGCUGCAGGCUUCACAGACUCUGUGGAUGUGUUGUAUGUGGCACAAAUGAUGGAGAAGUUUAUGGACUAUGUCAAACAGCUACGAGAGUUGUCAGAGGUGUUGGUUGAGAUGGGCAGUAACCUCAUGCAGGUGGAUGAUCAGCUUCUCGCACUCGCCCAGAGAGAGAAGAGGGCCUGCAGCUCCAUAGUUCACUCCCUUGAGACCCUGGCCUGGCCUCAGCUCCACAGUCAUGCUCAGGACUUCUCCAUGGUGUCCAGGAACAUUGUGAUGGAGGCUCACUUCAUUCGACCAGCCCACUUCACUGGUAUAACCUGCACUGUGUAUCAGCGACGGGACGUCUCAACAGGCAAUCUGGGAAUGGAAAUGGCCGAAUCCGUUCAUGAGCAGCAGCUUCGUUUUCGCUGCAGUACCGGCUCCCAUAAUACCUCACUCAACAGUUUCCCACUGAAGAAUUCAGUAGCCCUGGCCUCUGUGACUCUGCCAUCGACGCUGUUUCCUCCUGACGCUCCUGCAGACUGUAAACUGCAGUUUGUAGCCUUCAGAACCGGCAGCUUCUUUCCUCUGUCUGGGAACUCAAGCAACACUGGGGAACACUAUAGCAGACGUAGCGUCAACACACCUGUCAUCUUUGUUGGUCUUGACGGCUGCAGAAUGUGGAACCAUUCAGAGCCCAUCUGGGUGUCGCUUCGCCACUUGUCCCCUGGUUCUGAUGCUGUGGCAGCCCAGUGGCGCUUGAGGAAGCUGGAGAAACCGGGAAGCUGGAGCCAGGAGGGCUGUCAGCUGGUCCACAGUGACAGCAGCAUCUCCACCAUGCGAUGCUCUCUGCUCAGCAACUAUGCUGUUCUGCAGGAGGUGCCUGACUUUCCCAACUCCACACCCAUGUCUGUUAGGGUGCUCCACCCAGUGGUGUAUGCCAACACUGCGCUGCUCCUCCUCUGCCUCUUCACCAUCAUCAUCACACACAUACUACACCACAGUACUAUUCACAUAUCAAGAAAGAGCUGGCAUACAUUACUGAAUACCUGCUUCCAUAUCGCCAUGACAACAGCUAUAUACGCUGGAGGCAUAAGUUUGACCAGCUACCCGGUGGUUUGCCAAGCAGUGGGCAUUGCCCUGCACUACUCCUCUCUGUCGACCCUGCUGUGGAUCGGCGUCAGUGCCAGGGUCCUCUACAAAGAGGCUGUGUGGAGAAUACCUCGGCAGCCAGAGGGAGAGCCUCUUGCUCCACCUACUCAGCGACCUAUGCUCAGGUUCUAUUUGAUAGCGGGUGGAGUUCCUCUUAUCAUUUGUGGGAUCACUGCAGCUGUCAAUGUCAACAACUAUGGAGACAACAGCCCUUACUGCUGGCUCUUGUGGCGCCCUAGUCUAGGGUCUUUCUUUGUCCCUGCUGGCCUGGUGGUGUUGGUGACCUGGAUCUAUUUCCUGUGCACUGGGGUUCGCCUGAGGCACAGGGUGGCCAAAGAAUGCACAGGAACCACCAUGUCUACCCCUGUGACUGAGAGCCAGCCUGCACUGGCAGGAAGCACUAGCCUCCUCUCCACAGACUCUGUGGUGGGGCCAAUGAGUCCUGUUGUGGCCCCAGAGGACCAGUACUCCUUGAAGACACAGUUUUUGGUGCUGGUGGCAACUCACUUUCUGUUUGUGGCUCUGUGGUGUUGUGGAGCGAUGGCAAUGUGGCUAACAGGACGCACCAGCUUGUUGUUUAGCAGUCUUUAUGGGAUAACUGCCACAGUUUUGGGGGUGUUUCUGGUGGUGCAUCACUGCUUUAGACGCCUGGAUGUGCAGGCUUCAUGGCUUGCAUGUUGUCGGGGUUACCGCAGCUCCCAACCCAUGUCAACUUACACACACACCUGCACUACUGGGAGUGGAGUGCAGACCUCAGAGCAGGGAUCGCAGCUUUUCAUCAAUUGCCAUCCACCUGCUGAGCCUCAUAAUUCAUCAUCAGCUCGGUCAUCAUCCACACCUAGUGGAAUCAGCAGCGUGGGGCCCGGACCCUGCAAGCUCACCAACCUGCUGCAGGUGUCACAAGACAAUCCAAACAACAACACUCGUGCCCCUGCAAGCAACAAUACCAGCGCCAGUACUGACAACAUCACCAAGCCCACAAACAAUGUCCUACCCAUCAUUAACUCUGUAGCCCCAGUGCACCCCCAGAGGAGGAAAGUGGGGAGCAGGACUAAACAAGGAAGCAGUCAGUACCACCAUCGAGGUGAGGGCAGGGGUCAUUAUCGCCUCAAAGCUCUAAGGACUGCAGGAGGGGGCAGCCUGGGAGCUUUAGGACCCUCUGGGUUAGAUCACCUUAGUUCUUCACAUGCGGUUUACAAACAGGCCACCAGUGAGAAUGGCAGCCUCCAUCACAGCCUCUCAGAGACCCAGGCCAGCCCGCUGACCAAUGGGAAACAUGUUGUAGAGUCUGUGGUGACCAGCCCCUCAGAGGGGAGCGACGGGGGCAGCAGCGGGAGCCGAAAACCAUUCCCCCUGCUGCCCUCUAUGGCCAGCAGAGCAGCCAUGCACGGAGCUCAGAGACGGUGCGCCAGCAGAGACAAUUUGAAACUUGCAGCUGCUGCAGAGCGAGAAACUAAGCGCUGCUCCUACCCUUUGAACAGUGUCACCACAACUGUGCCGGGGGCUACUCCAAACGGUACCUUGAAAGACUCAGUGCUGGAGCUGGAGCAGGACAUGAGUGGCACUGACCAAUCACAGAGCUCUGUUGGGAUGAAGAGUGGUUUGUGGAAAAGUGAAACCACAGUCUAACCUAUUUUUAUAUGUGAACUUCUAUGCAUGACCUUAAUGGACUCUUGAAAUGAUUGGGUUAUGUUUUAAUGGUCUCUUGAUUAUUAUAAUUAUAUAAUUUAAGAUAUAAAAUCUUGGAGGCAUCCAGGACCCUAAACUGGUACUUUUGCCUCUGUAGCAUUUGAAAUAGUUUGCUGUGAAAUGGUAAAAGUUAUCACGCAGGUUUUCCAUUGUCAUUUUCAAAAAUAAGAUGCUCAUUUAUUGUAUUCAUUUCACAAUAAAAAUGUACAAGAUACCUCUGAAAUUAGCAUAUGAUGUUGAUUUUGGAUGUGUUAUGAAAGCUUUAAUGUUUUAAUAUGGAUAUUUCUAUGCAUAUCAACUAUAGCAUGAAAAGGAAUGCAAGAUGGUCCAUUUCCAAAGUUAAGCUUUAUGCAUUUACCCUGAUCUGUGGACCACUGACCCCCUUACAGUAUGUUUGCUUCAAAUAAUUGUGUGCAAAUGUAUGCUUCUGUAUGUUCAGAGUUUGUGUGUGUGUGUGUGUGUGUGUGUGUGUGUGUGUGUGUGUGUGUGUGUGUGUGUGUGUGUGUGUGUGUGUGUGUGUGUGUGUGUGUGUGUGUGUGUGUGUGUGUGUGUGUGUGUGUGUGUGUGUGUGUGUGUGUGUGUGCAGCCUGUAUACAAAUACAGUCAGAGAGUUGAUCUGUGUGGCUGGCUGAACGUGGAUUAUAAAGCUAUGUGAAACUUUUGAAAACAUGAUUGAUUGAUGAAUAUUCAUUUUCUCACUCCCAUCAGCACUGACUGAGCUAUCCUUAUCAAAUGUAAAAGAAGGAAUAUAAAGCAAGAGAGACGAGUCAUUGGCUUUCUCUCAUGCAGUCACCUUAUUCAAUUCUCACUUCAAGCUGACAAAUGACUGCCCCCUUCAGGUUGGUUGAGAAAGUUGACAGCCUUUUUCAGAAAUGUUAAAUUUAUAUGAAGUAAGGCAAAUAUUGAAGGUUUUGUAACGAUGCACUCAUACAAUCCAUGCUUGCUUAAUAGUAAACAUCACAAUGAUAUAAAAGAUGUAAUAAUUACAAAAAAAACUCAAAGUUUUAUCCAACAGUGGUUUUUAUGUACCAGUUGCUAAACCAAGAAACACCAAUGCAUUCAGAUCCUGUCCUUUUUAAUAAAGUCAAUCAAUUGCCAUUGCAUUUUUCUUUACUUACAAAGCAAAACUUCUCUUUUAAGACAAUUUGAUAGAAUUUCAGUUCAGGAAACAAUGUAAACAGGAAGUUGUGUGUCUUCUAUGCAGAUCAUUGUCAGGGCUUUUUGCCAAUUGUUCUUUGAGAGGAAGUUUUGUGUGGUCAAUAGAAUGACAUAUUGUGUUUUGUUACUCCUGGGACUUUUAAAAUGUUCAGUCUGCUGUGCUGUUGUAUUUCAUGUGUGCACUAUGAGCUUUUUGAUAUGCCCUGAAUAUUAGGAAUUCAGGAUGUAAAAUCCAAAGAUGUUUAAUCUAUUCAAUGUGACCAUGACUAAUAUGGAACAUCUCUUGGAAAACAAAUAUAAACAUUAAGAUAUA